AUGCUGAGGUGCCUUCUCAGCAGAUUCAGUUGGAUAUCCCAUUCGAGGGAAGAACGUGAUCGUGAAGCAGCGGAGAAAGUCCAUUCGAGUGCGCAUACACCCGCUUUGCGCAUACACAUCUCCGUCUCGCGUCGACGCAUCUUCGACCCCUCUCCCCACGACACGACCCCUAGGCAGAUAGGGUUAGACGACACCGACGACGCCGUACCCCCUUUUCACUUACCACCACCUAGCGUAAAGCUGCCCUGGCACUCUGCUUCUCCUUCAACGUCUAUAGCGACCCCAACUGCUCCCACGACUCCAUCGGCGACAUUGCAGAGCGCCCAACAAACACCACAUCACAACGCACGAGCGACCGAAGACUACCGCGCAAAGCUCCUGCGCUAUAAGGAGCCCGACAUCGAGGAAGAAGAAGAGGAGAUCUUUCCCGAAGACGACGAAUCCGAGUUGGACGGGAUGGCCAGAGGUGUCGCAAACCGUGGAGGCAUGGUUGGGGCUCUCGAGAACUGGGACGACGACUUUCUCGACCAGUCUUCUCCCUCCUCCUCACCCAAAGUCAGCCGCAUGGCCGGCGCCGGAUCCACCUCCCCCGGUCCUUCCACCGGGAUCAGGCCGCGGAAUAGCAUGGACAGUGCCGCAUGGGAUAUGAGCAGCGAUGAUGAGGCUGCUGCUGGCAAGGACCCUUUCCCGGGUGCUUUGACGCCGACCAUCGAUCGUCCACCGCCGAUGCCAAGCAUACAUCAAGCUCAUGCUCGUGCAACUGCGACGCCCCGAGCCAAAUCUCCUACCACACCGACCUUUCCCCCAUCAGCAGCAAACAUUAACUUCCCUACAAACAUGAACGCCUAUGCAGGCCCUUCACGCUCUGUUGCCGGAGUUGCACUGCGUCGGCGCUCAACACGCGAUUCCCGAGCCUCUUCACGAUGGGACGAUUCGGAUGGUGAGGCAUUCUACACACCCCGCGACACGAUGGUCUUCGAUCAGCCAAGUCAGCAGAGCAGUGAGAGCCACUACGAGCCGACAGAGGAGACGCAUGGAGAGAGCGUCAGUCGGUAUGGACCUACUCCUGAUCCGAGGAACAGCCACGGGUUGGUGCCGGAGGAUGAUUAUGCUGGAGAGGCCGACGGCGAAGAAGAGGGCGAGGGCGAUCGUACUGUCACACUCAACCGCGCACCUGUGCAAAUCGAGUCGGAGGAUGAGGACGAUUGGGAGCGCGAACUCCAAGCCCGAUAUCACGGAGAAGGCGAGCACGAUCAGCUGCAGGACGAGUACGACGGCAUGCCUGAAACUGCAACACCCAUGUCAGCUACCUUCCCUCCCCAUGCGACAGACGUGCGCGUUUCUGCCUUCCCAACAUCCACUUCUCCACCUCCGCCUCCUUCCCCAACCAAUGGCUCUCGCUCGCGCUCUCAGCUUGGUCACAUAGCUGGUCGACCUUCUAUCGGCGGUGGUUCCUCCAUCUUCUCAUCAUCCGUCAAGUCCACACAAGCUCUCAUGGGCAAGUCGACCGCUCCUCCGUCCCGCUAUCCGAACCGGCCUGCCGGAAAGGAAAGCGAGCGACCUCGCAGACGGUUGAGAAAAAAGAGCAGACCGCCAGAAGAGAUGGGUAUGACAGAACUGCGUGGAGAUCCCUCUUCCCCAGCGUCGCAUGCGCCACCUGGCGAAGAGGAGCAUGGGGAGGAGAUGUCUGAGAGGGCAGAGACGCCGUAUGAGCAUGAAGCUGAGGUAGAGCUCGAGGAUCCCCCACCGCUCCCGACCCGCGCUCGCCUCGAACCUGUCCGACUUACUCCCUACACUGUCCCCGCUGCUCCGACAGGGCCACCAACACAUGCUCCAACAUCUCAUUCCCGCAAUAUCUUCUCUCCCUCAUCUUCAUCUGCAUCCCCGGGCGCAUUCUUAACCCGGUUGUCUAGUAUCACCAAGCUUUUCCCUCGCUCUGCGUCUUCUUCUUUCCGCUCUCCCGAGCCCCCUACAGCAGCUGCACGGCAGCCAAAUCGUGCUGCCUCCGCGUCACCAACACCUCCCAAUCCCUCCAAUGGGUACCAGCAGUCAUCAGUUGGACCGGUUAUCCCUGGUCUACCAGUUGCUUCCGCAGCAGCAGCAAAUACGGUAUUUGGACACCGAAGAGGGAAAGGAAGUGCUCCACCCAUCUUUUCAGGGGAUAGGGACAAGGUGGAUGAGAUAUUUGGUACGCGAAGGAACGAGGAACCGUCCUCUUCCCCUACUGGGGUAGAAGACGACACAAAAACCCCUGUGGACAAAAGGCCUCAGAGUCCUGUUCUGCUGUCGCACGAUCCUGAAGGAGAGCAACACGUCGAUCCUCAGCAUACGCGCGACGAAAUGGAGUUGAAACCGCCGACACGGAAGCUCAGUUGGAGAAAAUCCUCAAAGUCUUCCGGUAGGAAUACCGAGCGCGAUACUGGAAGCCAAAAGACGGAACGACCAAGGUCGCAGACAAUCAGCGGUGCAUUGCCGGUACCUGUACCCCCUAUCCCGCCACCACCACCUGAGUCAAUACAAGUGCCAGUCCAACAGCCCCCAAUUCCGGCCGCUCCCCCUCCUGAAGAGAAGAAGAAGCGCAAACCGCGGAAGCUGAGCCACCGUCGUCCACGUGGUAAAGAAGAUGCCAUCAAGCAUGCACGGGACUCACUCGAGGGACACGCAGUUGCUGACAUCAAGUCGGGGCACGAAGACGUGCCUGCACUACCUACUGUCCUCAGUGGGAAGACGCUUGAUCUCCAUGGUCAGAACGAGCCAAUAUCGCAGCCCGAGAUGUAUGAACAUCCCAUGUCCUCGUCGGCUGGCGAAGAGGUAUCAGUCAACUGGUCGACGUCAUCUCCGGUCUGGCCUGCAUCUCCUUACUACCCCCGUGCAUCCUCACCAUUAUCGAGCGCCCCAGAGUCGAGUAACAUGUCACCCACCUCACCUUUUUCGCCGUCCGUUGGCACAAUGGAUAAGAAAGACUCGCAGACAAGUGAGCUCAAAAUCCCCCACAGGAUCAGUGUACAGCAAAGGAGCUUGAAAGAAGGGUUAACGGAUGUGCGACUCUUUGCUGGGAUAGUCGAGGGUAUGACGCCUCAAUCUAGUGUUGGAAACUUCGCGAUCUGCAAUCGCAACACGCAACUCUGCUCGCCUUUCUCACAGCCUCCACAUCUGCUGGUCCGCCUGAGCUCUGCCGCCUCCCAGCAUCAGAUUGAAGCCGGCCUCGCGAGACUCGAAUCAGGCCCAAACACGGUAUGGUGGGAGCUUGCCAGUGUCCUCGUCGAUCUCGGUGGAAGUAGCAAUACUGGUUCUGUCCGCGCUGCGCGAGACCGCAUCGGCUCACGCAUUGCCCAUCGACGCCGCGAAGAUGAGGAUCGUGGGACGAUGAGUGCCACAGAGGCAGAGCCCUCCCAGCGCUCUGGUAGACCUACCCCCCGUCCCAAAUCUCGCUUGAGGUCAGCAUCUGCCGCUCCGACAAAGUCUAGCCUUUCAGUGUCACCAACCUCACCUGCUUUGCCAUCUUCUCUUGAGGCAAGUACACCGGUUCCAAGGAGUACAUCCCUCGGGGCUGAGCGUAUCGGGCAGCGGUCUGCAGAAGAGUCGCCCAAGGAGCUCAGCAGUCGUCAGCUUAUCCUACUGGGAGAGAUGCUUCGUGAGGUCGACACGACCAAGGUGGUUGACUACGCCGAGAGAAGCGAAACCAACGCUGCCAGGUCACGUGCUGCUUCUCGAGCUGGUCUUUCACAGGCCGGUCCUCCGACUUCGCCACCUUCACGACCGCCAACUCAACAGAGCUUCAAUGCCUCUGUGGGGGGACCGCCUGAGCGGAUCGGUCGUCCUCGAAGAGGUAGCAAGAUCGUCGCCAACAUUAGAGAUAUCUUCGCUGGCAAUCGCAAAUCUAAAGGCGACAGCGUUGAUGUCGGCAGCACAAAUCCAGAUGCGGACGGCAUGCAGGGUGCAUCUCCACGUCGUCCGCUGAAAUCCUCCUCUCGUCCUCCUACAAUUCAGCCCAAAGGGGGUUCACGAAUGGGGUCGUUGGACAAUCGCAAAUCUCCUCGAAAACCCAGCCUUGGUUCUCUCUUUGGGUCCCGGCAGUCGCACGAGAAAGGUGACCGCAGUUUGCCUCCUACCAUCAGUCCGAGUCAAGGGAGACGGGCGGGAAAUGGGAGCAGUACCUCCAUUGACACAGACAUCGAGUACGACAGCGAAUGGGACAGAGUCGAGCACGGGAACGACGGCAUACCCACUCUUCGGGGUCAUCCUGCUGGCACGAACACGAACGGUGCCAGUGCGUCCAAGGUCUCUCUCCCGAUAUAUGAAGCUUAUUGUACGGCAGGCAAGCAGCCGUUGGCUAUUCAGACGGCUUUUGAACGCGAGCGGACGCCCUCAAUGAGAAGCGUCGAACGACCGCCGUUGGCCAGUGCCAAACUCGCACUGACCCCAGAAAACAUCCGGCCUUUGUUGAGCCAUGCAAAAGCUGUCAAGAAGCAAUUGCAGGUAUUCAUACUAGAGUUGCGUGCUUUGCAACCUCCUCGCGGGGUGAUGAAGCUGUGA